GUAACACACACUUCCGGUUCAAGAAAAGUUGAAAUUUUCGGAAAUUUUUUGAUUUGGCACUUAUUUGGGCCAAGGGGCAUAAUAUCAGUGUCAAAUUGGUACAAAGUUAACUUCUGGUUAUUAUAUUGUUCCACAAGUCCAGCAGAGAACCAUAAUGUUGAAGCUACUCUUUACAUCAAGAUAUUGUGCUAGACAGUUCACAUAUUCCACAUGUCAGCAGUGGUCUGCUUGCUUGUAUGGUUCUCCUACAAGAUCUUACAAUGGAACACCCACUGAUGAGGGUGAACUGGACCAAUUGGAGCAUAUGCUUACCAAAGAAGAUAAAAGAGAAACUCGGAAAGAGUACAAAAGGUUGAAUGAAGCAGAUCAAGCAAUCAGAAAACGAAAGACAAUUGAGAGAAAACACUUCAGAAAACCUCCUGAAAUUUCACUCCUCACAUAUGCUGCCAAAGAACAAAUACGGUUCUUGUUCAAUGAGUACCCUAAUGAAUGGACUAUUGAUCGCUUAGCAGCAAGUUUUCCUGUUUCAAGAGAAGGGGUUAUAAAAAUUAUAAAAUCGAAAUCUGUAAGGAAAAGUGAAGAACAAAUUCUCCAGCAUGAUUUGCGUGUCAAAGAGAAUUGGAAGACACUGAAGGAUGGGAGGUCAGAUAUGGGUGGACCAAUUACGGUGAAAUAUCAAGAGCUGAUUUCUAGUGGAAAAAUGAAUCUUCUUCAGUAUUGUAUGGGAAACAGUAGUCUUCCCAAACCUCUUCAGAAUUCUGUUACCAAGGUUACAGCAUUGGAAGCAAGAAAACAAAGGCCCCCGGGGGUGUUUGAAUCAAUUAUUAAAGACUAUUGCAAGGAGAAAGAUGCAAAGAAACAGAGUGAUAAAAUUCAAAGCAUUAUGAGCUCACAACUAUUGGAUAAUGAUGAGGAACUUAAAUCUGUGCUAAAAUCAUUAAUUCCCCCAAAUUCAAAGGUCCAAAUAACUUCCGGUGUCAGUAACAAAAUGAUAGAAGCCAAAUAUGAAAACAUUGUUGACCAAAUUGAACGUGACACAAGUUUAUCAACUAAUAAGCAUGACAUAAAACAGUCAAACAUCGUUAUCACUCAAAGUUUUGACAAUAUGCUUGAUGACACAGGUAUGUCCAAAAAGGAAAAGAAAGUGAAAAAGUAUCAUCGUGGGUUGUUGAGUUCCCAAAGAAAUCUCAUGUCAUUGGAACAAAUGCAACUUCAAGGAACUGGGAAGAUCGGGUCUGAUAAAUCAAAGGAAGAAAUCCAGAACUUACAAAGAGAAAAUAAAAUUCUAGGGCCUCAAAAAAUGUCAAAGUUUGCACCUGAUAAUUUAAGUGAACAAGUUCGAAAUUCAGUGCAGAUUGAUCAGUCCCCUAGUGGUACGAAAACACCAUAUAUGUACUCCAGUCAAGAUGGAUACCAGUAUCCAUAUGGAAUGGAAUCCACUGAUGAGGAAUUCAUUGAAAUACCAGAGAACAAACAAGAACCUGGUAAACUCUAUAAAAAAGGUGAUAAAUAUUAUGACCAUACCGGGGAAUUACUGUAUAGAGUUCCUGAAUAUUGA